UUAUAUUACCGUAACUACUUAAAAUUGUGCUAUUUCAUUUAAGAUUGUAGAUUACAGUUCAUUAAGUAUAAUUAUACAUUGUGUUAAAACUAAAUUUUCAAAACUACAUAGUUGUUUUAGAGUUUAAUCAUUGUAUUUAAAAUAAUAUUCAAUCAUUCUAAAUGAUAGUUAUUGAAUAAUUUGCUAUCAGACGUGUUCUAUCGCAUUUUUUUGCGAAUGAUGCCUGUCGGCUAGAACACUUGUCUUAUAGCAUUCUCUUCGUAUUUUUGGUUUAGGCUUUCAACUGUUACUAUAUAUACUUAUUUAAGUGUCAAUAGUUUAAGUGAACAACAACUAAAAUGAGUGUUGUGCAAGGUGGUUUGAGCAAGCUUAAAAAGAAACAUAUCGGUGUGAAGCGACAAAAAGUCAAGUUGUUCCGUGCUAAUGAACCAUUACUUUCUGUUCUUAUGUGGGGAGUUAACCAUACUAUAAAUGAACUAAGUCAUGUUACAAUACCAGUUAUGUUAUUACCUGAUGAUUUCCGUGCUUAUUCAAAAGUCAAAGUUGACAAUCAUUUAUUUAAUAAAGAAAACAUGCCUAGCCACUUCAAAAUCAAAGAAUAUUGCCCUUUGGUAUUUCGUAAUCUUAGGGAACGUUUUGGUAUUGAUGAUUUGGAUUAUAAAGAAUCAAUGACAAGAUUUUCUGAGGAAAGCAGUUAUUGUUGUCGUAAAGGCUUAUGUAGAUCUAAUACUAUGUAUAAUCGAAGAUCAAUGACGGCUCCUAAUUUACAAUUGGACACACUUAACUUAAGACCUAAGAAAUUGAAAAUUUAUGGUUCUGUAAAAAGAAGAUCACAACCGGUUUCUGCAGAUACAACUGGUAAAAGUAACUCAGGAUUUUACUAUUCUUAUGACAAGUUGUUUAUUAUAAAAACAUUAACAAGCGAAGAAGUUGAACGAAUGCACUCGUUUUUAAAACAUUAUCAUCCAUAUAUUGUUGAAAGGCAUGGAAAAACAUUACUCCCACAGUAUUUAGGAAUGUAUCGUUUAACUGUUGAUGGUGAUGAACAUUAUGUUGUAGCCAUGAGAAAUGCAUUUAGUAAUCAUUUGGCUACACAUAAGAAAUUUGAUCUCAAAGGUUCUACUGUUGAUAGAGAAGCUUCUGAUAAGGAGAAAGAAAAAGACUUGCCAACCUACAAAGAUAAUGAUUUUGUUAAAGAACGUACAAAAAUAUAUAUCGGUGAUGAAGCUAAAGAUAAACUUUUAGAAACUUUAGGAGCAGAUGUUGAUUUUUUGACUGGUUUACAUUUAAUGGACUAUAGUUUAUUACUUGGUAUACAUGACUGUACUCGAGCUGAACGUGAAAGGGAAGAGGCAAUUGCUAGUGGUACUGGAGAUGUAGAUGCAGAAGGAGAAGAUGAUGAAGAUGCUGAAGAUAGUGAAGGAGCUGGAAAUACAGUGACAUGGGCUAAUACUCCUCCAGAUUCUCCACAUAGCUUAUUAGCUCGUGAAACUAGUUUAUGUACAUAUGACACAGCUGCCAUUAUACCUGAACUUGAUAUUUAUGCUAUACCAAGCAGUGAAGGUGCACCAGUUCGAGAAAUUUACUUUAUUGCAUUGAUUGAUGUACUUACACAUUAUGGCGUGAAAAAACAGGCUGCUAAAGCUGCUAAAACAGUGAAAUAUGGAUCAAAUGUGGAUGGCAUUUCAACUUGCGAUCCUGAACAAUAUGGCAAACGUUUCAUUGAAUUCUUAUCAAAAGCCAUUGAAUAAAAUAUUUUAAAAUAAUUUCUUCCAUUAAAAAAUAAAAUAAAAACUAAGUAUAUAGUAUUAUUAAAUUUUAUUCUUAAUUUAAAUACUAGAUUGUUGUUGUAUACAAUAAUUCUGCUUUUUCUAAAAACACUAUUAUAAAUGUAAAAGAUUGUAUUUUACUUUUUAAAUAAUUUUUUUUUUUUUAGAGUUUAAUAACUGCUGUAUUUUUGUUUUUAUAUUAUUAUUAU